AGAAAGAAAGAGAAAGAGAGAAAAAGAAAGAUAAAGAUGAAGAUGAAUUAGAUAGAUAACAAAAACAGGUGUGGAAAAGAUUGCCAGAAACACUUUGAACUCGAGAUAAAGAGCCAGGGAGGAAGAGAGCGCAAAGUCGAGGCAUCAGCUGGUAAUUUAGUGGCGGAGCAGCACUCCUUAAAGUGUGACGUAUUAAUUAGGUCUCGCGCUCCAUGUGGCUCCAGGCCCGGGUGGAAUGCCGUGGUGGAAAGAGGACGAAAAUGAUGACGAUCGUGGUGCAUGUGUGGUGAUGGGGAGCAGUGCGAUAGUGGCUGGAUGGUGGUGACGGCGUGAAGGGUUUGUGAUGAGUGUGUGAUUGAUAAAGGUUAAUGGGAAAGUGAUGUGGGCAUUGGGUCGAAGGGAUGUUUGUGUGGAUGGAAGUGGUGGUGAUGAGUUGUGAUGAAUUGAUGGUAAGAUUAGUGUGGAAGGAUGCUAGCAACUAGAAGCAUUGCUAGCGAAAGCAUUAGCAGGCGCAGCAGCAGCAGCCGUGAUACAGUGGCAGAAUAACACCAGUAAAAUGCAAUCAUGACAAUGGAUAUAAUCAUGGCAAAUGGGAGCAAAGAGCAUGUCUGGGACACAGCAGGUGAAAGAGGGAGAAAGAGAGAGAAGAGAACAAGCGGGUAGAGAAAGGUCAAUGCAGGGAUGAGUCAGGGCGAGUUAGGAUGGGUAAGGAUGCAGCCUGACGACCCUCGGGGAUAUGGAGGAAGCCGAGUCCUGUAGAACUUCAUUAAGAAAAGGAUGUGUGCCUAGGUAUCCCCCAUGUUUUGACGGGUAGAAUGUUGAGAAGGUCCUCGCCCUCUCUCCUCCCCACGCGCGCUCUCUCUCGCUCCGUCUACGCACCUGGCAUUUGUACGCAGAGACGCCUCUCUCAGCUGAGGCGUCCCACCCAUACGCGGAUUUAUUGUCCUUUAUUAAGUCGAACACACUUGCCUGUAGAAGCAGUGAGGAGCGAACAGCCCCGUAGCGCGGAGAUUGGGGGUUGCGAGGAGGGCCUGCCACCAUGGGAGCUUUGCACUCGAGAAACGCUCUCCUGGCGGACCUGCAGAACACCAUCACCCCCGCCACCUCGGCGCCCACCACACCACACCCCGCCCACAACGGUGUCGGAACGCCCUCGCCCACGCCCUCCCAACAGCACCCUCAGCCACAGCCAGCACCACCCGUCGCCGCACAAGGUUUAUCACCAAGAGCGCGUCGAGGAGGUUCGGACCGAACAGCGGUCAUCAGGAGGGGGCAAGAUGGCUUCUUUAAAUAAUAACCUCUCCGAACUGGAUACUCUGCUACAGGACUUAAAUAAUGCGAGAUAUACAGGAGUCUUCAAAGAGCCCGCCGCCGCCACCAACGGCACCGUCAACGGAUCGAGGCCGACGGUGGACUCGCUUCUGGACGCCCUCGACGAUGUGGAUACCGGGUAAGGAACAAGAGUGGG